CACCCCUACCUACUCGCACUUGGUAUGGACACGGAAUCCGGCCCGCCCGUUUGCCAUACAGAGCGAAAACAAGAAGACACUGUACGGUCUGCGGUGUGGGGGUGACUCGGGCUCAGCGGGCGGCAGCUCUUCGGCGUCAUUGCACCUUUGCCCGGUUUCUAGCUCCUCUGCGCAGCUUGGCCGCGCUCCGUAAAUCAGAAGCAGGAGCUGUUUGAUUUCGGCGACUGCCCGGCCAUGACGUCAAUCACUUCUGUCGAAUUGAACUACCUCGUCUUCCGGUACCUUCAAGAGUCAGGUUUCACCCAUUCAGCAUUUGCUUUAGGCUAUGAGGCAGGUAUUAACAAAUGCACUAUAGAUGGCAACAUGGUUCCUCCUGCUGCUCUUAUAUCAUUUGUCCAAAAGGGACUGCAGUACUUGGAGAUGGAAGCAAACUUAAGUAAUAGUGAUGCUGACGCUGAUGAAGACUUCUCACUUCUGCAACCUUUGGAUCUAAUCACAAAAGAUGUCCGUGAGUUGCGGCAAAUGAUCAAAGAGAGGAAAAAGAGUCUGCAGAAAGAGAGAGAUAAAGAAAUAGAGAAGGCGAAGGAGAAAGAGAAAGAGAAAGAGAAAGAGAAAGAGAAGGAGAAGGAGAAGGAGAGGGAGACAGAGAGGGAGAAGGAGAAGGAGAAAGAGAAAGAGAAAGAGAGGGAAAAGGAUAAGGAGACUGAGAAGGAGCAUGAAAGAGAACGUGCACGUAUAAGAGAGAAGGAACGACAGGAACGAGAAAAAGAGGUAGAGAAGGACAGAGAGAGAGAUCGAGAAAAACAACAUGAAGAUAAUGCUGACAGAGGGGCCAUUCCUGACCGAGAGGAGAAGACUGUUGUCAAACAUGAAGAAAAUGGAAUUUCUGGAGGGGCUGAACCAAUGGAUAUAUCUGUUCCAUCAACUUCUCAGGCAUGUGAAAUUAGUAGUUCCAAUGUGAUGAUAUUGGAAGGUCAUGCUUCGGAGGUUUGUGCCUGUGCAUGGAGUCCUACUGGAUCACUUCUUGCAUCCGGAUCUGGAGAUUCAACUGCACGUAUAUGGACUAUUGCGGAGGGGACCGCUAGAUCUAGCAUGCAGAAUGGUCCAGCUAAUGUACUGGUGCUGAAGCAUGUAAAGGGGAGAACAAACGAGAAGAGUAAAGACGUGACAACACUUGAUUGGAAUGGUGAGGGAACAUUACUUGCUACAGGUUCAUAUGAUGGGCAAGCCAGAAUAUGGAGUACGAACGGCGAGCUGAAAAGUACUCUGUCCAAACAUAAAGGACCUAUUUUCUCUCUUAAGUGGAACAAGAAGGGAGAUUUUCUUCUGACUGGAAGCUGCGACAAAACGGCGAUAGUUUGGGAUGUGAAAGCUGAGGAAUGGCGACAACAGUUUGAGUUCCACACAGGUCCUAUACUUGAUGUUGAUUGGCGCAACAAUGUUUCAUUUGCAACAAGCUCCACAGACAAUAUGAUAUAUGUCUGCAAAGUUGGAGAGACACGCCCAAUAAAGACAUUUGCUGGCCAUCAGGGUGAGGUUAAUUGUGUUAAGUGGGAUCCAGCAGGUCAGCUAUUGGCAUCUUGCUCUGACGACAUCAGUGCUAAGAUAUGGAGCAUGAAACAAGAGAAGUACGUUUAUGAUCUGAGGGAACACACCAAGGAAAUAUAUACACUUAGAUGGAGCCCUACUGGACCUGGUAGCAGCAAUCCUAACGAACAAUUGGUGCUGGCAAGGUAGAGUCUUAUUGUUGGGUGUGUUUCUUUAGGCUGUUUGAAUUUUACAGAGCUGUGCUAAAGGAGAACUAGGAGUGAAGUGUUUGGAGAAGUUCCUAUAGCAAAGUAGUGUUAGUGAACUUCUUUCUUUCUGAUGGUUGUUGUUUGUCAAGUAGGAUUAUUAACGUUGAAGGGGAAUUAAAAAUAGAAGGUAGAAUGACCAAACUGGAGUAAUUGUUUAAAAGUUCUAUGGCCCUUGGUUCGAGACGAUUAAAGAAAAAAGCAGAAGGGAUUAUGUGGCUGAAGUUAAAGGAGGGGUGAGGGUGUUUGUUUUGAGCUUAAUGGCCGCUAAAGUAUGAGGUCCUAAAACUUGAUUUGCAUCGAAUGCACUUAUAUGUCUUUAUACUCAGAUUUUAUCUUUGAUUCGUUUAUUACCAGUAUGGUCCUGAUCAUAAUUUUGGCCCUGUUUGUAGAUCGUUAGCAACUUCUAUUGCCCCUUUUAACUUAAAUUUAUAUUUCUUUGUAUAAUGGAAUUUCAUGUUCUGCGUUUUCCACAGUGCAUCAUUUGACUCAACAGUGAAGUUGUGGGAUGUGGAGGUCGGGAAACUUCUCUGCACUUUGUGUGGACACAGGGAUCCUGUAUAUUCCGUCGCCUUCAGCCCUAAUGGAGAGUAUCUGGCGAGCGGUUCUCUCGACAGAUGCAUAAACGUCUGGUCAUUGAAGGAUGGAAACAUAGUGAAGAAAUACACCGGCAACGGUGGAAUAUUCGAAGUUUGUUGGAACAAAGAAGGCGAUAAAAUUGCCGCUUGUUUUGCAAACAACACUGUUUGUGUUCUGGAUUUCAGAAUGUGAAAGAAAAACUGGAAGGCUCUCACACAACGAUGUGGAAACCUGCUUGGGAAUUGUAUUAGUAGGCAAUGCACCAGCUAACUGUGAUCAGUUUUGUAAUUAAAAAAAAAAAAAGAGUCGGUCUUUCAAUUGUGAGUAGGGACUUCCAUUGAAGGCUAGGCUGCAUAGAAUAUUAUCUUCAUAUGUACAAAAGUAACUCGCGUCGCUGAGCAUUCAUACAAUAUAGAAAAUGCUUUGCCUCCUUUCUUUAAGUUUUGUGAUCUGCGCUCUGGCCUUGUGAUCUGUAAGGAUAUGGAAAAUCACCAAUAAUCGCCGCAAGAGCACGAGCCAUUCUCGAAAUGGUGAAAACGAUUUCUGUCUCGCAUUACGAUCGUUCUACGAGUGAUCUUGGAGACCAACUUCAUCACAUCAUGGCAAUCAGAACACACCCUGAGGUUCUUCACGAUCCUUAUUGUGGCUCCUGGUUCGGUACUGAUGAGCCCAAAAGCCAUGGCCAGUUUCUCGCUGUGUACACCAAGGGACUUCUCCUUCUCUUCCUCCCCUAGAUCAUGCAACACAGUGUCCGUCCGAGGGGUGUACCCUUGAGCCUUCACCCACGCAUUCAUCUCUUCGAGCAUCAUAUGGAUGUCUUUGCUCCUCGGAUGCCACGAGUCUCCAGCGACGAACUCGUGCACUCUGUUGUUCACUUCAAUCGAGCUACAACCAUGCUCUUUCUCUACUCCACCGUCUCUCAUCAUGGUUCGCACCUUGGCCACACCUUCCCAGUUGUUUGCCUUGGCGUAGAGGUUGGAGAGCAAAACAUAUGUGCCGGAAUUCUCGAGAUUCUGUCUCAUCAUCAGCCCUGCAAUUUCCUCCCCCAAAGCAACGUUGCCGUGAAUUUUACAUGCGCCUAAUAAAGCUCCCCAUAACACUGCGUCCUGCUCUACUUCCAUGUUCUUCACCAGGUCAUAAGCUUCUUCUAAAUACCCGGCUCGACCGAGGAGGUUCACCAUGCACCCAUAGUGCUCAACUUUUGGUUCAAUACCGUACGUCCUCGCCAUGGAAGAGAAGAUUUCCCGCCCUUCACGAACCAAGCCGGAGUGACCACAGGCAUUCAGAACGCCGAUUAAAGUUAUAUCAGUCGGCUUGUACCCAAGUCUACACAUUUCGUCGAACAGCUGGAGUGCGACGUCGCUCAAUCCGUGCAUCGCAUAUCCAACGAUCAUCGAGUUCCAAGCCACGACGUCCUUGUGAGUGAUUCUCUCGAAAACCAGACGGGCUUCCUCCAAGCUACCGCAUUUGCAGUACAUGUCGAUGAAGGAAGUCGCGACGCGGACAUUGAUAUCAAUCCCGUGAUUCUCCGCGUACCAGUGGAGCCAUCUCCCUGACUCCAGAGCCCCGAUUUGAGCACAAGCGGAGAGAACCGCGACCAUGGUUGCUUCAUUUGGCUUCACUUUAGCUCUCAGCAUCUGCUUAAAUAGAGACAACCCUUCAUUCGGCGACCCAAAUUGAACGUACCCAUCGAUCAUCACGUUCCAACAGAUAACAUCUUUAUCCUGCAGUCCGUCGAAAAGCACUCUCGCCUCUCGAACCAUCCCGCACUUGGCGUAGCAAGUAAUCAUCGCCGUCAGCGACACUAAGCUUCUCUCGGGCAUAGAAUCAAACAGCUUGCGCGCAGACUCCAUAUCUUCCCCUUUGGCAUAAACGUCGAGGAGUGAAGUACUCACGUAGGUAUCUGAUUCGAGCCCGAGUUUCGUCGCUUGCCCGUGCAAUGCCUUGCCGGCUUGAAGCCGGCAAGACCUCAGAAUCGACGAGAAGGUGAAAGUGUUUGGGGUGACGUUAUCGGAGAGCAUUUGGACGUACAAGAGGAGGGCAUCUUUGUGGAGGUUGUGGAGCGCGUGUGCGUGGAUAAUUGAGCUGUAGAAGAAGACGUCGGGGGUCUGAGUUUGCCGGAAAAUCGAAAGUGAGUGGUCGAGACGGCCGGCGGCAGAGUAGGAGCGCUGAAGCUUGAAGGAGAGGAUUUGGUGGUCGCUUAAGUUGUGGCGAUAGAGGAAGGCAUGGAUUUGGUAGAGCUGGUUUGCGGAUUUGGAUUUGUCUAUCAGUGCGGCAAGUUUUUCUGGACCCGGAGAGUUGGCAGUGGAGGAUGGCCGGCACGCGGGAUUAGAUGCCGCCGGUGGCGGAUUAAUGGGGAAUAGUGCGACGGAGUACAUGGUAGCCGACACCAGCUAGCGGUUCCCAGACAUUUAGCACCAUCG